AUGUCUCCAAUCCGCAUCGGUAUCAUCGGUCUUUCCACCAACUCCGAGGGCACCAGCUGGGCCAGCGCUGCCCAUCUGCCUUAUCUCUUGUCAGAGCAGGGUAAAGCCCACUACGAGAUCAAGGCUCUGUGCAACUCAUCUGUCGAGAGCGCAAAGAAGUCUAUUGAGCACUACAAAAUCCCUGGAGAUGUCAAGGCUUACGACUCCGCAAAGGACUUGGCCGACGACAAGGACAUCGACCUCGUUGUAUGCGUCGUUGGUGUCGAGAGACACUACGAGUUGCUAAAGCCCGCGGUUGAGGCCGGCAAGAACAUCUACACCGAAUUGCCUCUUGCUUCCAACAUGGAUCAGAUCAGAGAGUUGGUCUCAUUGUCUGAGAAGAAGGGUAUCAAGACCAUGUUUGGUUCUCAAGGUCAGGCAGCUCCUGUUGUCAAGGUUCUUCAGAAGGUCAUUGCCGAUGGCAAGAUUGGCAAAGUUUUGAGCACUUCGCUUAGCGGUUGCACUGGCAUCGCUGGAGGUGCAGCUAUCCCCACUGGCUACAAGUACAUUGUCCAGAGAAAGGCAGGUGGUAACCAUGCCACAAUCUUCUUCUUGCACAGCUUCAACUGCUUGCUCGAGAUCUUCGGCGAGCUCGAGUCAUUCGACAACAUCAUGGGUAUCGAGCGACCUCACAUCAACCUUAUCGACAUCAAGAACCAGGGCAAGGUCGUUGACAGUAUUACUAAGGACACACCCGACAACAUCUCACUUCACGGCCGCUUCAAGUCCGGUGCUCUCUUGAGCUACGAACUUCGCGCUGCCGCUCCCUUCCCUGGUGAGGCUGGUGUCAGAUGGACCAUCAACGGAGAGAAGGGCGAGAUUCUGGUCACCUGCCCUUCUGCCAUGUUCGACAUCAACCACGAGGGUGUCAAGAUUCAGCUCCACGAGUUGAGCAAGGACAGCGCAGAGGACAUCGAGCUGCCUUCUGACAACCUAUCUGAUCUCAAGCACCCUUCGCAAAACGUCGGUAGACUCUACGAGGCAUAUGCCAAGGGAGACACCAAGUCCUACUGUGACUGGAAGCUGGCACUCAAGCGUCAUGAGUUGAUUGAGGAGAUGUUCCAGAGAGGCGAUGGAAGCAGGCCUUAUGGAGAGAAGGCCACAUAUGUUUCUAAGAACGGCUCGUCGAGCGGCACAUCAGGCAGUAGCAUUCAGGACAGCACCGCUGAGGUUGACGCUGAUGCCCAAGGUACCAUCUUUGCCGACCGAGAGGUCAAGCCUCGCGAGAUCACUCGUGAAGCUGGAUCUGGAAAGGCUCAGACUAGCGUCGACGCCCUUGAAGCUGAAGGCUUUGGUGCCUCUUCUGGUCCCAACGACCUGAGCAGUAACGGAGGAAACCGCGAUCUGGCAUCAUAG